CUGAAAAAUCCACACCAAUAAUUACAUCAAAACCUACAACACCUCAUACAGAAACUACAACUACUGGCACUCAAACAUCUGAAACUACAAACAUAAUUACAGAAACAGUCUCCACAACACAUUACAAAGAGACCUCAACAAUAGAGACUGAGAGAACCACAACUCCAAUUGUCAUUGAAACAUCUACAACACGUUACGUAGAAACUCCAACCUCAGGAAUUGUAGAAAAAUCUAGCACCAUCAUCACUGGAGAAACCACAAAACCAGAAAGCACUGGCAGAACAACAUUGUGCUCUUGCAAUUACAUGAAUCAGGCUUUCUCACCUGGUAGCUUCAUGUACAACAAGACUGAUGGAGUCUAUUGUUUCACUGCCUACUGCAGUUUGAACUGUAGUGUUGAAAAGCAUGCCAGACCGUGUCACCCAACAACUCCACCAAGACCUCCAGCUACCACAAAGAAAGCUGGAACUACAACACACAUUGGCACAUCAACACCUGCUAAGAUAGACUGCCCAUUUCUUACACCACCGAGAAAGGAUGGAGAAUCCUGGAGUUCAGACAAAUGCACCAAAAGCACCUGUGAGAAAGGAAAAGAGGUCACAGAACAUGUACCAUGUAAAUCAGCACCCAUACCAGUUUGUGACAACGGUUUUGAACCUAUUAAGGUUUUUGAUGAAGGAGGCUGCUGUUUUCAGUACGAGUGCAAAUGUCUUUGUACAGGCUGGGGAGAUCCCCAUUACAAUACAUUUGAUGGCCAAUAUUACAGUUUCCAGCACAACUGCACAUACGUCUUGGUCAAAGAGAUAAUUCCCAAAUACAAUUUAAAAAUUCUUAUUGACAAUGAAAAUUGUGAUCCUUCUGGAACUGUGACGUGCCCCAAAGCUUUGAUUAUAUAUUACAAAAACUAUGAAGUAACUCUUACACAGAAUAGAACCUCAAAAACUCCGAAUUUGAUAUAUGUUAAUGGAACGAAAGUGACUCCAACCUACUCAAAUAAGGACUUCAUUAUUACAAGCGCAGGAAUUCAGAUGGUUCUUAAAAUCCCAGCGAUAGAUGCCACUGUUUCAUUCACUGGGCUUCUGUUCAGUAUUGACUUGCCAUUUUCACUUUUCCACAGCAACACAGAAGGACAGUGUGGCUACUGCGACAAUAACAAGAAAAAUGACUGCAGGUUACCAAAUGGUGAAAUUCAUCCAUUAUGCUCUGAGAUGGCAUAUAACUGGCAUGUAAAGGAUAAAAAUAAACCAUACUGUGAGUCUGUGCCUACUCGACCUCCUCCAAUAACAGGGCCACCGAAACCGCCAUGCAAACCUGCCCUCUGUGAAAUCAUAAACCACGAGAUGUUCAAGAACUGUCACAAAAAAAUUGCGCCCAAUUCAUAUUAUGAAGCUUGUAAAUUUGACGUUUGCCAAAUGCCAAACUCCACCGUGGGCUGCACCAGUCUGGCGGCAUAUGCCAUGAUGUGUGCUGAGGCAUCUGAGUGUAUAGACUGGAGAAACCUGACUAAAGGAGAGUGUGGCUACAAAUGUCCAGCAAAUAAAGUAUACAAGGCCUGUGGGCCAAGUAUUGUUGAAACCUGCAAUGCAGGAUUCAAUAAUAAGCUCAAACAGCAGUGUGCAGGAGAAGAAGCUACUUGCAAUGGAUUAGUGGAGGGAUGUUUCUGCCCUGUGGGGACGAUGUUGUUUGGUUCAGGCUCUGACACCUGUGUCUCAUCCUGUUGCACUGGACCUGCUGGUGAACCUAAACAGAUUGGUGACACAUGGAAAAGUGGCUGCCAGCAAUGCAAUUGUGACAAAAGUUCUCUGAGUGUUAAGUGUGAGCCUCUAGUUUGCCCGACACAAAAACCAAUAAAGUGCACAGAGGAUGGCGAGGUGUUGGUAAACCAAACAGUUAACUGCUGCCAGGAACUGACAUGUGAGUGUGAUAAAAAACGCUGUUCAUCACCAACACAAAAGUGUGAACUUGGCUUUGAGUUAAAUGUCAAAGUUUCCAAUGAAAGCUGCUGCCCGGUCUUCACCUGUGAACCAAAAGGUGUAUGCGUCUACAAUGAUACAGUGUACAAGCCAGGUGCAAACUUUUCCAAGAACCCAUGUGAACACUGCCUCUGCACAAACAAACAAGAUCCAAAGACUAAGCUGAACACCAUAGAGUGUCAGCAAAUACAGUGUAACAUCAUUUGUAAAAAGGGUUACAUGCAUGUGGAUCAGCCUGGAGAAUGCUGCGGAUCAUGUAAACAGACACACUGUAUUUUUGACGUCCCUGGUUUGAACUCGCCAGUAAUUCUUAAGCCGUCAGAAUCGUUUUCACCACCAAACGACAACUGCACCCAAUAUGAUUGCCAGAAGGUGAAAGAUGAAUUCAUGGUUUUCAGAAACCAAACUACAUGUCCUGCAUUUGACCCGGACAACUGUGUUCCAGGAACAGAAACAAGUGACAUGAAUGGAUGCUGCAGAACCUGUACACCUCGCUACAACUGUGAGCUUCACAAGAACACUACCAAACUGUACGUAAAGAACUGCGAGUCAGUUGAGCCGGUGGAGCUCACAUCCUGUGGGGGAUCCUGUGAAUCAUCCUCAUCUAUGUACUCAGUGGAGGCCAACAGUCUCAUGCAUUCUUGUACCUGCUGUCGAGAGAUUGCUACCAGCAAGAAAGAGGUGGAGAUGAAGUGUUCAGAUGGCAGCAAAAUUAAACAGGCAUACAUUUCAAUUGCAAAGUGUGGCUGCCAACCUGCUAAAUGUAAAGAGUGGGACAAACGUUGAUGGGACACACGAUUAAGGCCAACAAUGGAAAUUUUAACUCUUUAGGGGAAACAGAUUAAUACUUAUUUACAAACACUAUGGGUGCUUUCAUGCUUUGAAAUACGCAGCUCUGUAGAUCGAACUGAUCCAAAAUAUUUUUAAAAGCACGUGCUUAUAUGGAAAUUUUCUUUAGGGUGAAAUAGCUUUGAAUAUAUAUUCAUCUUUUGAUUAAUAGUAAAUUGCUGUAUCUGCUGUUUCAAACUUCUGUCUUUGACUCAAUAAAUUUCUAAUUCAUCAAUGA